GUUGCAGUGCGACUGGACUGUCCCAUUUCAAAGGUUCUUUAUUUUUGACAGAAUUGAGACACAAAGGCUCCGAUGUGUGGAGCCUUCCUGGCCCAAUUGAUCCCAGGAUUCAUUGCGCUUCACUGACAAACCGAUUUUCAAAGAGUGGCUGGUCGACUGACACUGUUCCUCAGCACGACACUGCAGCAGCAGCAGCAGCAUGAAGUCGGCGGUUGUGAGCUCCACUGCGCCCGGAGAGGAGACUGGGAGUCAGCCUCUUCCCCCAGGAUGGAGGAGCUACACGUCACCUGAGGGACAGAGGUAUUACGUCAACAGCUGCAGUAAAGAGACAACAUGGCGACGUCCCUCCUCGUCGGAUGAGGCCCUGCGGAGUCUGCUGGCACGGCAGAACUCCUCACCAUAUGCCAGUGGGAGCCACGGCAGUGCAAAGACCAGUCAGCCCCCAGAGAUCACUGAUGUUCCUCUGAGGAGGUCGACCAUGAACAAACAGCCCCCCGGCUCCAUCUCCCCGGCCAAGAGGCAGAUCAAGGAGGUCAAGGAGACCAAGAUCACGAUCAACUGUGUGACGUUCCCUCUGCCUGGAGAAGGUCCGGAGCAGCAGCUGCUCAAACCCAGCGAAUGGAGCUACUGCGACUACUUCUGGACCGACAAGAAAGACCCCCAGGGGACCACCUCUGUGGCGGGCUUCGAGGUCCCUCUGCAGAAGCAGCUGAAGGGCAAGCAGAUGCAGAAAGAGAUGGCUGAGUUUGUCCAUGAGAGGAUAAAGAUCGAGGAGGAAUACGCCAAGAACCUCUCCAAGCUGUCUCUGAGCCCGCUGGCAGCGCAGGAGGAGGGGACUCUGGGAGAAGCCUGGACUCAGCUGAAGAAGAGUCUCCACGAUGAGGCAGAGGUUCACCUCAAGUUCUCCAACAAGCUCCACUCUGAGGUAGAGAAACCUUUGCUGACGUUCAGAGCCGACAACUUCAAGAAGGAUCUGAAGAAAUACGACCAUCACAUCGCCGACCUCAGGAAGCAGCUGGCCAGUCGCUACGCCAGCGUGGAGAAGGCUCGUAAAGCCCUGGCAGACAGGCAGAAGGAUCUGGAGGUGAAGACCCAGCAGCUGGAGAUCAAACUCAGCAACAAGACGGAGGAGGACAUAAAGAAGGCCCGGCGGAAAUCCACACAAGCAGGGGACGACCUGAUGCGCUGCGUGGACCUGUACAACCAAACCCAGUGCAAAUGGUUUGAAGAGAUGGUCACCACCAGCAUGGAGCUGGAGAAACUGGAGGUGGAACGAAUCGAGUGGAUUCAGCAGCAUUUACGUCAGUACACGACUCUGCGACACGAAACAGACAUGUUCAAUCAGAGUACGGUGGAGCCAGUCGACCAGCUGCUGCAGAACGUGGAUCCAGCCAAAGACAGAGAGCUGUGGGUGAAGGAGAAUAAAACUGGCGAGGUUAGACCUGUGGAUAUGGACAUUUGAAACCAUGGUGACCUGGGAUCAGUCCCACGAUCUGUCUUCAGUAUUAUAUAACACGGCGUCCCAGAACAUUUCUAACACCACUGGUCCAGGGACGGUGCAUGUUCAGACCACAGAGGUCUGCUCAUCCUCUCUCUGACUGGAGUAACAGGGGGAAAGGUUCAUACUUACAACACAGUCUGAGGCCAGGAAACAGUUACAGAUCAAACUACCAGCAUGUUCCUUCUAAAUUUUAACCCUAUCAUAAUCAACAUUAGCUUACUGAAUGCCAUCUAACUUACUCUGCUGUUUACCUGUUGUAAAGUUGAAACUAUUAAAAAAUAUAUAUGUAUUUUGAAUUGUUAAGUUUAGCUUCAAUCAACACUUUCACAGUUUGAGUAAACCAAACAAAAAUAAGUCUUAUUAUUGAUAUUGCCCUUUAUUUUAGAUACAGAUAUUAACGCAUAUGGAGAUCGUCGAAUGAAUAUGAUAUAUUUUCAUAUUUUGCUGGUUCUUUUUGGUGGAAAUGCAUGUUUUGAAUAUCUUGCCUUCACUGUAUAUGGAGAGCUGCACAAUUUGUGGAACCAUGAUGGUUGUUUUGGUAUAGUCAUUGAAUUUACACAAGGUUUUCUGUAUUUUGAAAGUGGCAGAAUCAAUUCUCAGACAAAAAAUUGACUUCAAGUGUACAGAGUUAAUAUCCAGUAACCUCAAUACACACACACACACGCACACACACACACACACACACACAGUGUUUUGGAAAGUGAAUUUGAUUAUGCUUACCACAUGUCCCAACAGGUAGUUGAUCUAGAUUUAGGCCAGGAUCUUUUUUGGAUCAGUCCGGAGUAAAAAGGUGGUCCAAGUUACACUGAAACACCUUUUAGUGCCUAAUGGUUAUAUACCUGGAAUGUCCUUAAUAUAUUCUACUCUGCAUCAGUGUACAUUUGUACAUACAGGCUAGAUGUAUUUUGCUGUCAAAUGUUUAACGGGCCGCAGAUAUUCGGGGCCGCUGAGGUGUUUGUACUGUACAAUGUUGUUUGUUUUAUUUUUGGUAAAUGUACAGAGAAUAUCUUUAUGGUAGUGUUCAAUAAAAGGCGUGACAUGCAGCAGGAAGCAAAAUUGACCAAA